AUGGCCCUGGAGGAUAGAUUCGAGGUUUUGAAGGAGAUCGGCGAUGGAAGCUUCGGCAGUGUCGUCCUAGCAAGAGUACGCAGUGCCGGUGCCAGCGUUGCUCGAAGAGGCACAGUGAUUGCCAUCAAGACCAUGAAGAAGACCUUCGACUCAUUCACACCAUGUCUCGAACUUCGCGAGGUGGUCUUUCUGAGGACUCUACCUGCUCACCAACAUCUUGUUCCUGCCUUGGACAUCUUCUUGGAUCCUUUCAGCAAAAAGCUGCACAUCUGCAUGGAGUAUAUGGAAGGGAAUCUCUACCAACUGAUGAAGGCGCGAGACCACAAGGUCUUAGACAAUGGAAGCGUUAAGAGCAUCUUAUUCCAGAUUAUGCAAGGCCUGGAGCACAUUCACGCCCACAGCUUUUUCCACCGCGAUAUCAAGCCAGAAAAUAUUCUGGUAUCUACAUCAUCUCAUCAAGACACAACCAAUUCAUUCAGACGUUACUCAGCGUUGGUCACUCCUCCUUCCACACCCCCAAGCUAUACCGUCAAAAUAGCAGAUUUUGGUCUAGCUAGAGAAACGCAUUCCAAGCUGCCAUACACAACUUACGUCUCGACAAGGUGGUAUCGAGCACCGGAAGUCCUGCUGCGAGCUGGAGAGUACUCCGCACCAGUGGAUAUUUGGGCCGUUGGUGCUAUGGCUGUCGAGGUUGCCACACUAAAACCGUUAUUCCCUGGUGGCAACGAAGUUGACCAAGUCUGGCGAGUCUGUGAGAUCAUGGGCAGCCCGGGCAAUUGGUACAACAAGACCGGUGUUCGCGUUGGUGGUGGAGACUGGAGAGAAGGCACUAGGCUUGCUGGAAAGCUAGGUUUUUCAUUCCCCAAGAUGGCGCCCCAUGCGAUGGACACAAUUCUCCAGGCUCCGCAAUGGCCUGCAUCACUGAGCCAUUUCGUAACUUGGUGUCUGAUGUGGGAUCCCAAGAACCGACCAACUUCAACUCAAGCUCUAGCACACGAGUAUUUCACUGACGCUGUUGACCCGCUGCGACCGAAGUCUUCGGCUUCAAGAAUUUUGGGCCGCAAGCAAUCUGAUCUUGGUCGCAGCUCAAAGGACUCUGCCUCGACAACACCUACCGCAUCAAAGCCAUCCUGGUUCAGGAAGUCUCUCAUCGGCCGCUCAGAGUCUACUGAAAGCGCGCCGAUUCAACCUGUGGCUGAGAAGCCUGUUGCUGCUCGGCCAUCGCCGAUUCAUGUUGCGUCUGAAGUUGCGCCUCCCAAGGUACGCCCGGCUGCCGGCAAACGCACAACAUGGACAAACGGCCCAUCCAAUGUGGCUCCUAUGCCUAUCUUGCCGACGAUUCGCCCCAUCUCACCUUUAUCUGACGCGGUGACCGCUCAAGCAAGCAACAGAGCUCCUUCAUACAAUGACUCAUACGCCAAUGGUUCACACAGAGUCGCUGCUGUCGAGGAGAAGGCGUCCAAGAAGAUUGGUCGUCAGCUGUCGGUUGCUUCAAGCACUAACCACUACGCCGAGAUUCACAGGCAGCAAGCUGAGAGGGCCCUCAAUGGUAACACAGGAUUAGCGUCACCGCCAAGCGCUCACAAGGAGAGUUUCUUCUCUCAUCUGCGGAAAAGAGCGAGGAGGUUUUCUGGUCGUCACCAGACACCAGUCUCGCCCAGCUAUGACGAUGUCGAAGCACAGGCGGGAUGCGGUCCGUUCCCCAGCAACAGGUCAUCUAUGGUUAUUGACCAGCAGGCGCCACCGCCUGUCGCAAAGGAUACUUAUGAGUCUCUGGAUAAUGCUUUGAGGAAUGUCCACCAGAAUAUCGACAAUUCACAGGCUCCGGUCCCUCCUGCACAUCAGGUCACUAGCCACAGCAAUCUCAAACGCCAUCACUCUCUCCCUCAUCACCAACCGCGGUCCGUGGAUAAUCUCAUCGGUGCUGCUCGAGGUGGUGGUCCCAUUUCCAGCCGAACUCGCAGAGCUCAGGCCACUCACGGCGUGUACCAGUAUGAUGCUCCCGAUGAGGAAGACGAGCUUUUGGAUGAGGUUCUUAACUCGACACACCGUGCUAUGAAACGCCUCGAAAAGGAUAGCAAGCCUGGAUUGCGACAGUCUGCCAGCAACAUCGGCAUCUCAAACCCAUAUCCGACACCCUCACCAUCAGCCAGCGGCAAUGUUGUUUUGUUCGGGGACGGCCACGAAGCUGUCACCCCAAAGCCGCUGGACUUGAACAAGAAGACUGCAGAGUACAAAUGGCCCACGCCCCCAUAUGAGGAGAGCGAGUGGGCGGCGUCGGCGUCUGCCAGCAUCUGGGCAGCCAGCAAUCGAUUCUAG